CAGCACAGCAGACGCACACUAGCUCAACACGUCGUGACACGUGGACGUCAGACAACAUGCGACUCACCGCGCUGUUCGUACUCGCCCUAGGACUCUGUGUCUCUGCGCAAAAUCUUGACAACUUUAUUUCGGAUUGUGAAGGAUAUUUCUCACACCCUGCUCAAUGCGCCCCUGACACGGUACCAUGCGACUACUCCGCCUACUGGAUUUAUAGUCCGUCCACCGAUGUCAUCAGAUUCGUGUUGACUUCAAAGAUGGGGACAUACACGGCCAUUGGCUUCUCGAAGGACGAUAGAAUGGCUAACACUGAUGUCGCCUAUGGUUGGAUCAGCGACGGCGGCGCACGAUUAUUUGAGGGCAAUUUCCCACGAUACGGCCAGCCAGUAGUUGAUCAGAACAAUGGCCUCACCAUGGACACGGCGACCACUGACGGCGUUAUUCAAACGAUCGGGUUUAGUAGAUCUCGUGUGAGCUCUGGAGACAUGACAGUCGAUGAUGUCUACUUCAUCUUCCCGCACAAGCCCGGCAACGUGCAGGACAACACCAACGGAAGAAUCAGCAAGCAUCGUGCGACGCCGCUCGUAACUACGCAGCUCAUCAGCUUUGCGAAGUGUCGUGCCGACGCCGCUGCGGCGGCCGCCGCUGCCGCCCAAGCCCCACGAAGCGCGCCCGGGCAGUCCUCCGUGCCAGGAGCGAAAUUUUUCGGAAACCUCAGGACCUAUUUCUACGGUGUCAGCGGCGAGGUUCGCAUUCUGGACAACAACCGCAUCAUGCUGCGACAAUUCACCUACGACCACCGAGCUGCGCCAGACGUGUACUUCUACGCUGGCUUCUACGACUCGGCGUCAGAGCUGCUGCCGCAUCAGAAAGAAUCGCAGAUACAGAAGUGUCCUGGACAAUUCGGCGUCACACUCUCGGACAGCGUCAUCGGCACGGACCCCAUUGAUAGAGCUUACAAUAACGAGAACGUUAUCCUAACCUUCCCGAACGGCGUCGAUAUGAGGAACCUACAGUGGAUCUCCAUAUGGUGCAGGAGAUUUGGCAUUGAUUUUGGUAGCACUGUCACAACACAAGGCCUCGUACGUAACUCAGCGCCUUCCGGUGUAAACCGUCUGAUCGGAGAUGGAGUCAGCAGCGGUAACGUCAACCUUCUCAACCUCACACAUAUCUCCGUGCGAGAUCUGCAAGUAGACUUCAAGUAUCCAGCUGUGUACUUCAUUGCGGGAAUCUCGGAUGGCUCACUUCCCAGUGCCUCUAACUUCGUCGCUUAUCUCGACUUCAAGCCCGGAUCCACGGAUCCCAUCGGACAGGUAAGAAAGAAGGACAUCGUGCUGGGCUUGCCCGCCUCGAACCCGAGCAUCGUAUGGACAUCUGUCGACUACUUCGCCUUGUACACGUUUAAGCAAUGCAACCCCAAACCGCUGGCCUGGAUACCAAUACGAUUGAUACAAUUGGUGCCUAAUAUAUUCACUAGACAAUUGGGACGUUUGCGUCUACUGACCAGUCGUUGGUAUGUCUAGGGCGACACAACGCGUGCAUGAUACUUUGAUGUAAAAAGCAGUAUAGUGAAGCACCCUUUAACUAGUUGACGGCGAAACACAACUAGCUGUAAUGUUUGCAGUCAUCCACCCACCUUAACUUCCGCGUCCGCGGCCUCCCUCACCAAGCCUACCUAAAAUGUCGAUAGGUUUUUGUUUCGAAUUUUCUUCUUGAGGCAAAAGCGUUAUGUUACGAUGCGGAAUUUGUUUGUAAUGCCAGGACUCUAUACCUGAGAUCAAUGUAUACGGACAUGUGGCUAUACGUAAUCGUACGUUGAUUAAAGGAUGUUUAUAUCGUAUCUAAGUAGAUUAGAAACUCCUCAAUAGCAGUUUCAUUGUUCUGAACUAGGGUAUACCAAAUUAACGAACUAUAACGGUAAUGCAGUUGACAGCCAUUAAUUGUUUACAAGGAACCAAGGUUGCUGAUUCUCUAUGUUAAAAAAGUAGUCAAAACUAUGGGAUAUGUUGAUAAGGCAUUCUUAUAAUAAAUAGAUACAAACUGUAUAAAAUUUA